AGAUUGCAUAAAGCAUUUUUCUGGGUAUAUUUGAGGACGGUAAGAUUUUCUGCUAUGGCCAUGACAAACCUAACACUCAAGGCUUCCCUAGCCCUAUCAAAUAAUGACUAGGCAACACAGAAAACAAAAACAAAAAAGUUCCUUGCCUUUGUGCUGUCAGAUGCAGCAAACCAACGCCGACCAAAACAAACAGGUGGCUUCAAGUCCGUUAGAGAUACCGAUCUCUAAGGAUGCGUCAUGUGUCACGUAGGGAGAAAUAAACACCGGUUCGUUGUUAGUUGCAUUGAUUUCCAAUGAUUGUUUAGUGCAUUGUGUUUUGGUGUACCGACCAAUAUAGGAGGAAACCGUUCCCCGCCUUUCGGUCCUGUUUGAGGAAGUUUGGCAAGCCACUUCGGACUUUGUUCAGUGCGAAGUCAGUAGGCUGUUAAAGCUCAUGUUCGAGUCAAGCAGUGGGUUCCGGCGGCUGACGGUUAUUUUCCACGAUUCAUGGCCUUUCUCCACGUCCCCUUGAGGUCGUUUGCAGCGCGGAGAAGCGGCCCACAAUGCAACAGAGCCGUCGCGCGACACCGCCCUGCCCAAGCAGCACAGAAGGAGGCAGAGACGGGCUUGAUUCCGAGUGUCCAAGACUUUGACAAAAAGCUUGCUGAGGCCGACGCGUACCUGCAGAUACUCAUCGACCAGUUAAAGCUCUUUGAUGAGAAGAUCAAGGAGUGUAAAGAAGAUGAAUCACGCAGAAAAAUUGAAAGUUUGAAGGAGACUACUUGUAGUAUGGUAGAGUCCAUCAAGCACUGCAUUGUAUUGCUACAAAUCGCCAAGGACCAAAGUAACGAACAGCAACACGCAAACGGACUUAUAAGCACCAUAAACCCAGUCGACGGGAUCUACCAGCCUCCGCUAGACACGUCCGAAGGCAGCGACAACAUGCCAAUCCAGACAGAGCUGCCCUCAGAUGGUUCCCAGGUGUGCAAGUCUGACCAGCGGCCGUCCACACUACAAGUGGGUCCCGUUGUCACGGUGAUGGGAAGCUUACAAACGCCAACGCCCAACAGCACAGGGAGCGGUCCGUCGGGCCCCAGCAGUGGCCUGGGCUCCCCGUCCCACAUGCCUCUCCCCUCCCACUCAGUGCCAGACUUCUCCUACUCCUCCAGCGAGGACGAGUUCUACGACGCCGACGAGUUCAACACCUCUCCCAAACACUGCCUAGCUAGUCUCUCUGGGCAGGCCGCUGCCUCUGCACUGGGCGGAGACGGGGCCAUGAAACGACCACACACCAACGAGUCCCUCAACUCGUCCAUGUCCAACGGAACCACCGACGCAGACCAAUUUGACAACGACGACCGUGACGAUGAGGGCGAGGGGGAGUCCGUUGAGGAGCACAAGAGCGUCAUCAUGCAUCUGCUGUCCCAGGUCCGCCUUGGUAUGGACCUCACCAAGGUUGUUCUCCCGACCUUCAUUCUAGAGCGGAGGUCUUUACUAGAAAUGUAUGCAGAUUUCUUUGCUCAUCCAGAUUUGUUUGUGAGCAUCGCCGAGCAGCCGGAGCCCCGGGAGCGCAUGGUGCAGGUCGUCAAGUGGUACCUGUCGGCCUUCCACGCGGGGCGGAAGGGCUCGGUGGCCAAGAAACCCUACAACCCCAUCCUGGGAGAGGUCUUCUACUGCCACUGGGACAUGCCAAACGAGACCGCGGAGGAGCCCCCGCCGCCCCCCGUCGCCCCCACGGAGCCGUUGUCGGACGGUCCCCUCCCCUGGGUUUCCCCCAACAAUGUGUCCUUCGUAGCAGAGCAGGUCUCUCAUCACCCGCCCAUCUCCGCGUUCUAUGCAGAGUGUUCCGGUAAGAAGAUCCAAUUUAACGCACACAUCUGGACCAAGUCGAAGUUCCUCGGGAUGUCAAUAGGAGUCCACAACAUCGGCCAAGGGUGUGUAUCCUGCUUGGAGCACGACGAACACUACAUCCUGACCUUCCCUAAUGGCUACGGCAGGUCCAUCCUGACGGUGCCCUGGGUGGAGCUGGGCGGCGAGUGCAGCAUCGUCUGCUCCAAGUCGGGCUACAGCGCCAACAUCGUGUUCCACACCAAGCCCUUCUACGGCGGCAAGAAGCACCGCAUCACGGCGGACAUCUUUACGCCCAACGACAAGAAGUCCUUCUGUGCCAUCGAAGGAGAGUGGAACGGCGUGAUGUACGCCAAGUGGGCAUCUGGGGAGAACGCUUUGUUCAUAGACACCAAGAAGAUGGACAUCAUCAAGAAGAAGGUCCGCAAGCUUGAAGACCAGUUGGACUACGAAUCUCGAAGAAUGUGGAGGGACGUGACCCUGAACCUGAAGCUGAAGGACAUCGACAUGGCGACGGAGGCCAAGCACUACCUGGAGGAGAAGCAGAGGGGCGAGGCCCGCGAACGCAAGGAGAACGAGAGGCAGUGGGAGACCCGGUUGUUCCACGAAGACGGAGAGUGCUGGGUCUACGACGAGCCGCUACUAAAGAGGAUAGCUCAACCACGGCCCUGAGACGACCUCCCUCCCAUCCACACACAUGCACACACACAAACAGCCAAACAACACACACACACACGUCACACAACACAGGAGUCUUCAUAAGAACUCAUUUGCACAUGACCUAUUUUCCAAGCCUUCGAAAUGACUUCAAUGAUUGAAUAUGUACACAGCUUUGCGUUUGAUGAUGAACCAAUGUUGAAUGAAGUCAGUCGGGGAGCAAAAUGAAAAAAAGAAUAAGACUAAACCAUGCAGCACAGUGCAAGGGACACAGGACUUUCUGCACAUCCGUUCUUUGCAACAACUCUUGUCUAUAUGGACUUCACAAUCAAGCCUGUCCCCGAUCCCGGGCAAGGGGUGACGAUGAGUGGGAGGAGGAAGAGGAGCAGAAGGAGUGAUGGUGAUUGUGAUCGUGGUGGUGAGGAUGGGUGUGGUGGAGGAGGGUUGAUGCGUCUGUUGAUGGUGUUAAAGGGAAACGAACCUCAACAGAAACAAUACGGCAUACUACAUCUCAGGGAAACCGCUGAGGGAGGAGCGAGCGCCGCAGUCCCCUCCCAUCACCCACAGACCGGACGAGGGAAGGACCUCACGACGACGGAAGAGAGGACAUCUUGGCUUGCCUACACACAACUAGUGACAACUGUUGUUUAUAUAUAGAUAUACAUAUGGUGGAUAUAUAAAUAUAUAUAUAUAUAGAUAUAUACUUUUUUUUAUUUGUUUGCGCUCUUUAUUUUUUUUCCCAUUCUGGCAAUAGUUUAAAUAUUUGAGGGUAAGAACUUUUAAAGGCUUCACAUGUUAAGUAUUCAUUCCAUUUGCGCCAUUGGACAUCUCAAUGCCUCCUUUAACUGAGCUGACGCGCUUGUGGGCGGAAGCAAGACCGACAAGCGUGCUAGCAUCUACACACAUUUAGACUAUGAUAGUGGUAUUGGUUAUUUUUUUAUAACAUAAGUGGUAUGGCUUCACAAUGCCGAGAACGAAUCUGAGCACUCAUUGGCUCUCAGCGUGGAACUAGGCUGUUAAGUUAAAGGUUUAACUCCACCUUCCUCUGGAAAAGGAUCUUGGGAUUGGAUAUCCACUCGUCUGGAAUUACUUAUUUCUUUUGUGCAAGCAUUUAUGAACAAAUGAAUGUUGACCUGUUUUUUCGGUGUCCGGAUAAUUGUAAGGCUUGGUGACGGGGUUGUGGGAAGCAAGGGUGCGCCAAGAGAUUCCUGUUCGUUCGGCACAUCUUCUCUCCUAGGCAUCUCCCUGACGGAAGUCAUAGUUGGCGACUGACAUGGUGGCAACGUGUUUUUAAGAGUUUGGGAAAGAGGCUACAUCGAACCAAUGGUUGAGUUCUGAUACUUUUUCAUAGAGGGCUACUCAAGUCUAAGUUGUGUGCUUGAAUUUAAACUUACGUCCAAUGUUUUUAAAUAUGGGAACCAUACUGUUCAAAAUAUAGAUUACUUUCCAACUAUGCUGGUUUCAUCCAUAUUCUCAUUCACAAAGGCAUAUUACACCGAACCUGCUGAAAUCAAGUGUUGAAUAAGAUUGUGUUUCUCGCCAUCGAUAUAUUAGCCAAUAUGGAAGAAGCCUUGUGGAAAAACAUUUUCACAUAAAAAUGCAUAUUUGUGUCAUAAUUUUAAGAUUUUUUUCAUCUAGAAUAACAAAUUAAAAGUUGCAGUUUAAUAAAACUAAAAGCCAGUUUUCAUUGUUUGUCUUUUACAUUGAAAUUGAAUUGAGGCCUUGUUAUUCCAUUUCAUAAUCACCAAGCGUUUCUUCAUAGAAAGCCAUCAGACCAUGUAUUUUUUAUUUCAUUCUUAUCAUGAGCAAUGAUUGUAUCUGAUUUUCAAGUUUAUUGAUGCAUAAUAUUAAAUCUUCAUGAGUGAACUGAAUUACUUUGUAAUAAUCAUUUGAUGUAUGCUUCACUCUUAUACAUUUUCUAAAGCUAUGGUCACAUAACACAAGACUUCCAGCUAAGUUGAUCAUUCGAGUUUUGGUAAUCAUGUGUAUUAGACUAGUCCAAAGUACAGAGUAGACAGAGUGAGCUAGUGUGAAUGAGGUGAUUGUCUGUUAAACUAAUGUUCGACUUAUGGAAAUGAGCAGGCUGAUAAAACAUAAUACAAUGUGCUGCUUU